AUGAUAAUUCUUUGGUUGCUCCAGAUAUUAUUAGUACUUUCCCUUCAAUUGGAAUAUUCUGACUGUCAGGAGGUUAAUAUAGCAAAUAUAAAACAGAGAAUAAAUAAAUUAUACGACUCUGAUUACUCAUUCGCACCUGCUUUAAAUGAUCCGUUUGAUUAUCCGCAUGGUUACAAACCAACAGAAAACGAUAAAUGUCCACCUUGCUUCAAUUGUAUGCUACCCAUGUUUGAAUGUAAGCAAUUUUCUCGUUGUAAUGAAUAUAAUGGCCGUUGUGAAUGUAUUGAAGGUUUUGGAGGUGAUGAUUGUUCCUUGCCCUUGUGUGGAUCGUUAGAAGAUCGUAAUGAAAAACGACCAAAUAGAUCUAAUAUUACUAAUACAUGUGAUUGUAAACAAGGAUGGGGAGGUAUCAAUUGUAAUGUCUGUGAAAUGGAUUCUGUUUGUGACUCAUUUAUGCCGGAUGAGUCCUUGAAAGGUACUUGUUACAAAGACGGGAUGGUCGUCAAUAAAGUUUAUCAAACCUGUAAUGUUACGAAUACUAAAAUUUUAGAUAUACUAAAUGGUAAACUUCCACAAGUAUCAUUCAGUUGUGAUAAGAGUACUCAAUCGUGUAAUUUUCAGUUUUGGAUCGAUCAGGUGGAGAGUUUCUAUUGUGGAUUAGACUCAUGUUUUUUCCAAUACGAUCUAAAAAAUAAUGUGACCCAUUAUUCUUGUUCAAACGCAUAUUGUAAAUGUGUUCCAGGAACUAUGCUUUGUGGUGCCAAUGGUUCAAUAGAUAUUGGUGAAUUUUUAACAGAAGAAGUUACAGGACCAGGCCAAUUUACAUGUUCAUUAACAGAUAGAAAUUGUAAGUUUAACGAACCUGCAAUGGAUGAUUUAAUUCUUCAAAUAUUUGGUGAUUCACAGAUCGAUUUAAGCUGUAGAUCUGGUGAAUGUUUACAUUAUAGUGAAAUUCCAGGGUACAAGAGUCCAGCGGACAAAAUUAAUGAUACCUGGCAAGGAAAACUAGUUUUGGCUCUCACAUCAGUUGGUGUGGUAUUUUUAGCCAUGAUUACAAUACUCUAUAUCUCCAAAUCACCUUUGUUCAGAGAAAAAUUUGAUAAUGAUAAUAGUAAUAACCGUUAUGGGUAUAUUAAAUUACCUGUUAAUGGCGAGAAUAGUGAUAUUGAUAGAGAAAAUUUUCUGAGAAAUGAUAAAUCCUCUACUUUAACAUUUGAGAAUAUCAGCUAUAAAGUGACAUCCCUUAGUAAUAACCAAAAAGAACAAAGUAUAUUGACUGGAAUUUCAGGAAUGGUUAAACCUGGUGAAAUUAUGGCUAUUAUGGGAGGUUCAGGUGCAGGUAAAACCACAUUAUUAGACAUUUUGGCAAUGAAAACUAAAAUUGGAAAAUUAUCUGGUAAUAUUAAAUUAAAUGGACAUCUGAUCAACAGGAAGGAUUACAAAGAUAUGAUCGGGUUUGUUGAUCAGGAUGAUUUUCUACUACCGACUUUAACUGUUUAUGAAACAGUAUUAAAUAGCGCUCUUUUGAGAUUACCACGUUUUAUGACAUUCGAUCAAAAAAGGCAACGAGUUCUCAGGGUGCUUGAGGAAUUAAGAAUAAUGGACAUUAAAGAUCGAUUAAUUGGGAAUGAUUUCACACGUGGUAUUAGUGGUGGUGAAAAGAGGCGUGUAUCUAUUGCUUGUGAGUUAGUCACUUCCCCGAUAAUUCUUUUUUUGGACGAACCAACUUCCGGGUUAGAUGCCAGCAAUGCAAAUAAUGUUAUUGAUUGCUUGGUAAGACUAACACAAUUGUAUAAUCGUACCAUUGUCUUGACUAUCCAUCAACCAAGAUCAAAUAUUUUUAACAAGUUUAAUAAAUUAGUACUGUUAAGUCAAGGUGAAAUGGUUUAUUCUGGUGAUACAAUAAGAAUUAAUGAAUUCUUAUACAACUGUGGUUAUAAAAUUCCAUCUAAUUAUAACAUUGCAGAUUAUUUGAUCGACAUUACCUUUGAUAAAUCUCCAAGGGAAGGGGGAUCUGAACAUAGCAUUAAUGAUCUAGAAAGAAAUAUCAAUAUUCCCGAAAUUCAAAUUAAUUCAACUCAGAUCCAAUCUACCAUGAGUAGAUCUCAUAGUUCAUCAGAGGAAUUACGUUUACAAGAAGAAUGGGAACACUAUGCAACACAUCGUGAUGAAUUAAGAAGUAUCCUACAAGAUGAUACUGAUAAUUUAAAUCAUGAAGUCAAUGAGAAUCUUCGUCUUUCAAGAACCAUAUCUGAACACUUACAUGUUAUAUUUCAAAAUGGACCAUUGUUUCAAGAAUUAAUCAAUGAUAUUGCAAGUUUAAGUCCACGUUCAAUGGAAUUACCUUCAUUACGUACAACUGAAAUAAGAGCAUCCUUUUAUCAACAACUAAUUAUAUUAAGUUCACGUUCUUUUAAAAAUACAUAUCGUAAUCCUAGAUUAUUGAUGGCAAAUUAUUUAUUAGCGGUCUUAUUAGGGUUAUUUUUAGGAAUGAUAUAUUAUAAUGUCACAAAUGAUAUCAGUGGAUUUCAAAAUAGAAUGGGUCUUUUCUUCUUUAUAUUAACAUAUUUUGGAUUCAUCACGUUUACUGGGUUGUCCUCAUUCGCCAUGGAGAGACUUAUAUUUUUAAAAGAAAGGUCUAAUAGUUAUUACUUGCCAAGUGCGUACUACAUUAGCAAAAUAAUUAGUGACAUUUUACCUUUGCGUAUUAUCCCACCAAUCAUCAUAACUAUUAUUGUAUACCCAUUAGUUGGAUUGAACAUGAUGGAAACAAGCAUGAUUUGGAAAUGUAUGUUAAUUCUAAUUUUGUUCAAUUGUAGUAUUUCAAUGGAAAUCAUGACUGUCGGGAUAGUUUUUCAUGAUUUAAAUAAUUCCAUUAUUGUAAGUGUAGUAAUUUUAUUAUUCUCUAUACUUUUCAGUGGGUUGUUUAUCAAUACAAAGGAUAUAACAAAUUAUUCUAUAAAAUAUUGCAAAAAUAUAUCAAUAUUCUAUUACGCUUAUGAGACACUAUUAAUAAAUGAAGUGAGAAGUUUGAUAUUGAAGGAGAAGAAAUAUGGAUUGAAUAUAGAAAUACCAGGUGCUACCAUUUUAAGUACGUUUGGAUUUCAAAUUCAAAAUUUCAGUUUUGAUAUUAAGAUGUUACUAUUAUUUAACGCUUUAUUUAUUCUGUUAGGAUAUUUGGCAUUACGUUUGAUAGUAGUUGAAAAAAGAUAG